AUGGUCCAGGGAGCCAGGAUGCUUAGAAACUGGAAUGAACUUGCAAGCAGUAAUGUCCUGUGGAGGAAGCUGUGUCACAAAAGAUGGCUCUACUGUGACAUGGUCACCCUACAGCUCCAGGGCAAAGAGACAUGGAAGCAGUUCUUCGUUUACCGAACAUGGCAAGAACAUGCCAUGUCCCGGGCAAAGCCAGAAGAUUUCACUUACAAGGAAAUUCCUGUGGAGUUUGAAUUUCGGGCACAUCCAUGUUAUAUCUCAACGGGUGGCUUAACAAGAAAUGGACAAGGGAAGUCUGCUGUCUGUAUGGUGACUUCCAAGAACAGGAUUUCUACCUGGGAUAUUCAGGAGGUGAGUCUGGCUGACAAGUCACAAAAGUUACCCUCAUAUGGAUUCAUAGCUGAUACCACAGGUAAUCUGUACAUCUUUAGGAUUCCUGACUUACACCUCAUUUCCAACGUCAAUGUAUUCCCGCACGGUAUUGAUGAACUCCACUGCUCUCCUCAGAAGAAAUGGGUCUUUCUGAUUAGGAAACACCGACAGGUCUUGACAAAGGUGUUUUACAUGAACAGCUUGCUGAGGACAUCAGAAUUCUCUGACCCAGUGUCUACCAUUCUCGAAUUUCCAUUAUGCCAAGCAGUCUUCUGGACCCCAAGAAGGGAAGACAGGAUAACCCUGAUGUCCAGAAAUGUACCCCCAAACAUCACAACAUUUGGCACAUUUGAUAUGAAGUUGGAAGAGAUCGGGAACAAAGUAACUGUGCAAGGACAUUUGGUAGGAAGCUUCUCUUUGCAAGAUUACAAGGAGCGCGCAGAAUGGAUGGGAGUCAGUGAUAAGGAUACGAUUGUUUGUUCAACUGGAUCCUCUCUCUUGCUCUUCAGCAUAGAUGGUGUCCGUCUGCAGACAUUUCAGUACUGUCCAGAAGAGAUCUUGAGACUAUGGGUGGACCCAGUUCAUGUCAUUGUCACCUGUAACAAUGGCUCUUUGGAUGUAUACGCAUGGGAGGAGAGAAGCCCGCUGCUCAGGAAGUGUUAUCGACUACGAAAGAGGAGAUAUCUGCCACCGUCUGGCUUCAUUAUCAAAACAUUAUGUGAUGGCGUGAGCAUAAUUUUAGUGAUGGCAAAUAGCCCCACCCCCUGCUUUCUGAUGGCAUAUACCUUGACAUCUGCUCUUGAAAACUGA